AUGCCUCGAAUGGCGAUCCAAAUGACGUGGUCGGCGCAGUGGGCGGUACUGGGGCCCUAUCUGUCCACGAUGAUGCCACGGUACGCCGUCCAGAUCGCACAGUUCAUCGGCCCCACCGUCGGUGUCCUCGUGGGGCCGACUGCCGGCGCCUUCAGCGACCGGUGCACCAUGAAAAUGGGCAGACGUCGGCCGUUCCUCAUCAUCGCCGGGGCUCUCAGCAUUGUCUGCUGGACCGUCAUGGGCUACACGCGAGAAAUGGGGGAAGCUCUGGGCGACGUCGGCGACGGGGCGGACGGCGAGGAGGCCGACCGCACUUGGACCAUCAUCUUCACUGUGGUGUGCUACUUCUGGAUGGACAUCACCGUCAACACUGUGUAUACUCCAGCCAUGCUGCUCGUGGCUGACUUUGCUGGAGAUCGACAGACCACGGGCGCAGCUCUGGGCCAAGCGUGGGCGACUCUGGGGGCGAUCCUCAUUGCGGGCUACAUCGAGUUCUUCGGGGCGGCGUACAAGACGCUGCACUCGUUCAUGGGGAUAUUGUCCGUCGUCAUGUUCAUUAGCGUCGGUGUCGCUGUGAUCUUCGCCAAAGAGACGCCGCUACCCCCUAGCGCAGUGGAUGCGGGGGCGUCUUGUGAUCGAGUCAAGCACGCUGUUACCUCCGUGUACUAUGGCAUCCGGAGACUCCCCGCAGUGCUGGCAGUCUACUGGGUGGCCUUCUUCUUCACGCAGUACGGCUACGCAGCCUACAACGGCAACAAGGGGCAGUUCUUCGGCCUGGAGGUGUACGGCGGCGAGUCUCAGAAUGCCGACACCUGCGACCCCUGCACCGCUGAGCAGGAGGCUUACAACCACGGCGUGAGCAUCGCUGGAGGCCGUGCCGACCUUCUGUACAACAUUGUGGGGUACGUGUGCGCCUGGGGUUUGCCGUACAUGGUCCACAAGAUCGGCGUCAAGCGGGUUCUCGUCAUCUUCACGCUGCCCCAAGUGCUGUUCGCGGUCAUGGCGUGGGUCGACAACGCGGCGUUCGACGUCUUCGUCGUCGCCAUCGCAGGGAUCACGCACACCGUGUGGUUCGGACUCGUCGUCCCCGUGAUCAUCCACGUCUUCGGCGAGGACCAGGAGAUCGGAGUCUUCGUCGGGUCUUUAAACUCGGCCAACUGCUUCGGUCAACUGCUCAACUUUGCGAUCGGCACGGGGCUGGUGCAGAUGUCGCUCGGGUACAAGCUGCCGGUGUUUGUCGGGGGAAUUGCAAGCAUCAUGAGCGCCUUGACCAUCCUGGUCUUCUUCAAGAUGAAAAUGUACAGCAUGUAG